GCAGCAGCUGCAUGAGGAGCACAAGCAGCUGACCAUGCGCAAGGCCGCUCGCGAGGAAGAGGGCCGGCGUGCGGCAGAGGAGCAGGCGCAAGCUCUUCUUCGCCACGUGAUGCCGCACACCAAGCUGCCAGCUGAGCAGGUCGACCAAAUUACGAACAGGCUCUACACAGAAAGCGUGGCGGAGAAGGGCCGGCGGAGGGACCAACAGAAGAAGCAGCAUGAAGAUCGCAUGGCCAGGACUUGCUGCUUCGCUCCGAAUGCUCACAAGCCUGACAAGCCACUGUCCCCAUCUCCAGAGACGUUCCGCGGAGUUGUUCUCUAUGAGAACUACAUGAGGAAGGUCAUUCGCCGGGCUGCAACUGAGAAGGCAGACUCCGCCAGCGCAGCGCAGAAGAACAUCUCUCCCAAGUUGCAGGCAGCGCUCAGGCUAGCGUACUUGCAGCGGUUCGUGCGAUCUCAGGCAAACUGUCUACAUCCCUGCCGCCUCUGCGACAUCACGGAGCCCGGAGACCGAUGUGCCAUGAACACACGAGUGAUCGUCGUGUUCAGCUUGGCCGUGAUUGCUGGAGUCCUUUGUACAUCGUAUCUACCUGACCUACAAUCAGAGCUUCCGAUCUCGAAUCGGGUUGCUACCGCCGCCGGCUUCGUCUCCAGCGGGGCAUCUGCUGCUGCUGGGCUUCUGUCUGGCGCAGGUUUGCUCGCUCAAGCCGACGACGUGGAGUUCGCUAAGCCAGUUGACCAUGAAGUCCAGCUGGACAUACCGCCCGUGUUCAAGUGCAAUCCGUUCGAUCACGUGCUGGUCGUCAACCUCGAGGGCCCCGGCGGAGAAGCACGACGCAACCACAUCCUCCGAGAGUUCGGAAAAAAGGGGCUGAAGGGAAGGUUCAAGUUCUGGCCGGCUGUGAACUUCGGGACAGAUGAAGGCUUAGCUGCAGAGAGAAACCAAAAAAAGUGCCCAUGUGAUCCAAAGGUGGGUUGCGGGCUUAGCCAUCGUCGCAUCUAUGAGACCAUGCUCGCCGAGCAGUGGGCAUGCGCGACGAUCUUCGAGGACGAUGUGACCCUCGCGGAAAACUUCACCACAAGAAUAGAGGCCGCGAUCGACAGCAUCCCACCAUUUGAUGUGAUCUUAUGGGGCUUCUGCCCCGGUGGUUACAAGCCGAGGCAUGCACCCAAGGAUCAGAGCUCGGUCCCCAUUCUUAGUUAUGGUUGGCCGGGCUCGUGUGUCCAUGCCUAUACCGUCAGUCUGUCGGGGGCGCUUGUGCUUACUCAGGCGAACACGCCCGUGGUGGUCGCACCAGAUGGGGCGAUGGACGGCAUGCAUUGGUACAAAGACAAGACCAGGUUGCACAUAGACCGAUCUGCGGGAGUGAUAACGGGCUCUUACUGGUGGGUCAACCCUCAGCUAUCGUGGCAAGGGGUGGAGGCGGACAACUUGGAAGGAGGAGUAUAA